AUGACUGAUUCCUCCUCAUCUGACUCCACCAAGUCCUUCUUCCACCCAGCUUUGGCUGUCUCCAACAUCAAAAAUCACAUCUCCAUUACUCUUGAGAUGGAAAACGUCCAAUAUGGGACAUGGGUGGAACUCUUCAAAAUCCAUGCCAAAUCCCACAGAGUCCUCCACCAUAUCAUUCCACCGGAGUCCGGGAAAGAAAAGGUGCCCAAAACCGAUGCUGAAAAAGAGUUAUGGUCGACUCUUGAUGCCACAGUUCUUCAAUGGAUUUAUACUACCAUCUCUACUGACCUAUUGCAUACUAUCCUUGAACCCGACUCCACAGCCAUGGAAGCUUGGAAUAGGCUGCGUGACAUAUUCCAAGACAACAAAAAUUCUCGAUCCGUCACUUUUGAGCAUGAAUUUUCUCACACUAAUAUGGAGGACUUCCCUAAUGCUUCCGCGUAUUGUCAACGACUCAAGAUUCUUUCCAACUCAAGAACGUCGGUGCUCCAGUCUCCAACAACUGCCUCGUCCUUCAAAUGGUAG